UUCUCCAUAUUCCCUCUCGUAUAUGGCUUCUUUUACUUCUGCUGUUCUCUUACUCCAUAUCUUUGUAUGCUUUGAAGCGGUUGUUGGUGCCGACCAGCAAAAGCAGUCCAAUUCGAUAAGCCCGGGCACUUCUCUCACCCCAGUCACUCAACCCAAUUCAUGGCAGUCACCUUCCGGCCGUUUUGCAUUUGGAUUUUACCAGCAAGGCGGUGGCUUUAAAGUGGGAAUUUGGUUGGUGGGUGGGGCAGGCUCACAAAAUACUACGGUAUGGACUGCCAAUCGUGAUGAUCCACCAGUGUCCUCAAAUGCUACACUGGAAUUCACUACCACCGGUAAGCUUCUCUUGAGAAGUACUGCCCAAAGUGAAGAUAGAUCAAUCACUGCCAAUUCACCACACUCUGCUUCCUUUGCUUCCAUGCUCGACUCUGGAAAUUUUGUGCUAUACAGCAAGGAUUUCGUUGUAGGUGGCCAAGAUCUUUCUACUGGGCAACAGUUGUAUUCUAGUUUCUCUGAAACAGACCACUCCAUUGGAAAGUUUUGUCUCGUGAUGCAGUAUGAUGGGAAUCUGGUUGCAUAUUUAGCGCCUACGGUAGGCAAGAGUUGUGUUAACGUUCUAUUACCGUCAGAUGCUUACUGGCAGUUGGAUAGUUGGAGCCCCAACAACCCGCAGUAUCAUCUUUAUCUAAAUAGUAGUGGUUCACUGCUACUCAUCAACGGCACCACUGAUUCCACCACAAUCAAAACAUUGAAAGAUUCAUCUCUUGUCAACAACACAAUUGUCCACCGAGCAACCCUUGAUGCUGACGGAAAUUUCCGAUUGUAUUCUCAUCCCAGUGCCAACUCUAAACCGGUGUUCGAGUGGGAAGCAAUUGACAGUAUGAGCAUAUGUGAUGUGAAGAGCUUCUGUGGUUUCAACAGCUACUGUACCUUAAAUGACGAUAAACCUUACUGCAGUUGUAUUCCGGGUGCUGAUUUUCUUGAUCCCAAUCACAAGUCUACUGACUGCGAAAGGAAUUUUACCAAAGGAUUAAGGUGCAAAGAAGGAGAAAGAAAUGAAUUUUACGAAAUUAUUUCUAUGGAUAAUCUUAUAUCUUAUGACCGUCCUUACAAUAAAGCAGAAAUGACCGAGGACGACUGCAGCGAGUCCUGUUUGGAGGACUGUCUUUGUGACGCAUCGAUGUUUCAAUCGGGUAAUUGCAUGAAGUUCACUCUUCCACUGAGAAAUAUUAGAAGGCAAUCAGGUAGUCGUAAUGAAGAUACGAGCACUAUAUUUUUCAUGGUUGCUACAAAACCCAUUAGAAGCAGCAACCCUCCAAAUCCACAAGUGGUGGUGAGUCUGGUGACCACAAGCAAGAAAGCACUGAUGAUAAUUCUUGUUCUAUGUUUGAGCUUGGUUACCUAUUCAUGCUUUGCCCUUGCAUUCUCAGGCCUUUUCUUUUUCAAAUACCGCAUUUUAAAGUAUAGAAGGUUGUUGGAAACUGGAAGUUCUGGCUUAAUUGAGUUGUUCACCCCGAGUUUAUAUUCUUACAAUGAGCUUCGAAAGGCUACCAAUGGCUUCAGAGAGAAGUUGGGCCAAGGCCCUUUUGGAACAGUUUACAAAGGAGCUCUGUACAAAGGUAAGAAACUAAUUGCAGUGAAGAGGCUAGAGAAGAUUGCGGAAGAGGGCGAACAGGAGUUAAGAGCAGAAAUGCGAGCAAUUGGGAGAACUCACCACAAGAAUCUAGUCCGGUUGCUUGGCUACUGCGCAGAGGGAUCAAAUAGGCUUCUGGUUUAUGAAUUUAUGAGCAACGGGUCACUUGCAGAUCUUCUGUUUCGGGCUCCAAGGCGCCCGGAUUGGAAUGAGAGAGUGAGGAUUGCGCUGAAUAUUGCUAGAGGGAUCCUUUAUCUACAUGAAGAGUGUGAGGCCCCCACCGUGCAUUGCGAUAUAAAGCCUCACAACAUUUUGAUGGAUGAUUUCUGGACUGCUAAAAUCUCUGAUUUCGGGUUGGCAAAGUUACUGAUGCCAGAUCAAACAAGGACCUUCACGCAGGUCAGAGGGACUAGAGGCUACUUGGCACCUGAAUGGCAAAAGAACAUCCCAAUAACGGUGAAGGUUGAUAUCUACAGCUAUGGAAUAGUGCUGCUAGAAAUUGUAUGUUGCAGAAGGAACAUAGAAGUCCAUGUAUCAGAAGCAGAGGAGGUUGUUCUUUCCAAUUGGGUGUACAAGUGUUUUGUUGAUAGGGAAUUGAACAAGCUCGUGGGCGGUGGAGAAGUUGACAAGAAGAAAUUGGAGAAGAUGGUAAAAGUGGGACUAUGGUGUAUUCAGGAUGAACCGGUUCUUCGUCCUUCAAUGAAGAGUGUAGUGCUGAUGCUGGAGGGGAUUACUGACAUUGCCACUCCUCCGUGCCCAACUAAUAGCUCCAUGUAACUUAUACUAGUAUCAGAAUUCACUGUAGCCGUUGUCCGUUGUUU